AUGGAAAGAGAUCGAAGGUCUGCACUUCCCCCCGCCACCCUGAAACGACUGUAUUUGAACCAACGAGCGGAGAAUUUAGACAAACUCCCAUCUUGGGAUGCACCAGACAAUGUGCUCUUAAUGCAAGGUUUUGAAUGGCACAUGCCGGCCGAUCAAGCCCACUGGCGUCGUCUGCAGCGUAUUCUACCAGAUCUCAAGGAGAUCGGGGUAGACAACAUCUGGAUCCCUCCCGGCUGCAAAGCUAUGGAACCUGAAGGAAACGGCUACGACAUAUACGAUCUGUAUGACUUGGGUGAAUUCGAUCAAAAGGGCACUCGAGCUACCAAAUGGGGUACCAAGGAGGAACUUCUGGAGCUCAGUUUAGCCGCGCAAGAUCUCGGUAUUGGUCUCUAUUGGGACGCGGUCCUAAAUCAUAAAGCUGGAGCAGACUUCACAGAGCGCUUCAUGGCUGUGGAGGUCGAUCCACAACAGCGAAACCUCGAGAUUGGACGUCCCAAGGAGAUCGAGGGAUGGGUAGGAUUUGACUUUCCUGGCCGCGGUGACUUGUAUAGCUCCAUGAAGUACCACUGGCAGCAUUUCAAUGGCGUUGACUGGGAUCAAGCCCAACAGAAGAACGCCAUUUACAAGAUCAAGGGUCCCAACAAGAACUGGGCCAAGGAUGUCGGCCAUGAGUUUGGCAAUUAUGAUUAUCUAAUGUUCGCCAACCUCGAUUACUCCAAUGCCGAAGUCAAAAACGAUCUUCUUCAGUGGGGUGAAUGGAUUGGCACACAGAUACCUCUCAAAGGCAUGAGGCUGGACGCCGCGAAGCACAUGUCGGCUGCUUUCCAGAAGGACUUUGUUGAUCAUGUCCGACAGACACAGGGUGCAGACUUCUUUGUUGUCUCGGAGUACUGGCUGUGUGAUCUCAAUGUUCUCCUUGAUUUUUUGAAGAAGAUGGAAGACCGAGUCUAUUUGUAUGAUGCCCUGUUACUGGAUCGAUUCUCGAAGAUGUCGCGGACCGAAGGCGCGGACCUGCGCUUGAUUCUUAGGGACACGUUAGUUCAGAAAAAGCCCCAGAAUGCCAUUACAUUUGUGACGAGCCAUGAUACGCAACCAGGUCAGAUGUUGGCGGCACCCGUUGCAGCGUUCUUUAAGCCACUGGCGUACGCCCUGGUCCUUCUCCAGGACAAAGGGCAGCCUUGCGUCUUUUACGGUGAUCUUUAUGGCAUAAGGAAGAAUGUGAAGCGUCCAAUGGUCCCUGCUUGUCAUGGCAGGCUUCCGAUUCUUACACGGGCUCGUAAGCUCUACGCCUAUGGAGAGCAGCAGGAAUAUUUUGACGAGCGGAACUGCAUUGGAUUUGUCCGCUAUGGCAACCGUCGGCACCCCGCGGGCCUUGCAUGUGUCAUGAGCAACGCUGGUCCGGCGCAGAAGCGAAUGUUCGUUGGGCGGCGACAUGCUGGGGAACAGUGGACGGAUAUACUGCAGUGGCACCCGGAAACAGUCACCAUCGAUAAAGACGGAUAUGGCCUCUUCCCUGUUUCGAAAAAGAGUGUCAGCGUCUGGGUGAACUCUGAAGCCGAGGGGAGGGAUACUCUCAAUCGCCGCUUGUAG